AUCUCAAAGAAGGAGACAUCGUGAUGCCUAACCGAAGGAAUGCCAUUCUUGGGAAUCAGUACCGGUGGAAUAUUUCCAUCCCCUAUGAGCUGAGUGUGAACCUCAGUGUGGACUAUAAGGGAGUAAUUUUGAGAGCCUUUGAGCAGUUCAGGCUGAAAUCAUGUAUUGACUUUAAGCCCAGAGCAGCAGAAAACAUUUCUUACAUCUCUGUGGAGAGUCACGAUGGGUGUUGGUCAUAUAUCGGUCGAGCAUUUGCUGGAGCUCAGACUCUUUCCAUUGGAGACGGCUGUGGGAUAAAAGCCUUUAUUGAGCAUUUGUUUCUCCAUGCACUGGGAUUUUUGCAUGAGCACACAAGAUAUGACAGAGAUGAUUAUGUAACCAUCAACUUUGAAAACAUCAUUCCAGGGUAUGAGAACCAUUUCGAUAAAUACAGUAAGAACCAGACCACCACUGAAGACACCCCAUAUGACUACUACUCUGUGAUGCAUUAUGAUAAAAAUGCCCUCAGCAAUGGUAAUGGAUCCACAAUCAUUACCAAGCGUCCUGAGUUCCAAGAUGUGAUUGGUCAACUCCUGGGCAUGAGUGAAUAUGAUGUGAUUAAACUCAAUAAACUCUACAAAUGCAAUUCAUCCAUCUCUUUCCUUGAUCACUGUAGUUUUGAUAAUGAAUCUCUGUGUCAGAUGAGUGUCUGUUCUGCUGCUGAUUACGGCUGGCAGAGAGUGAAGUCAGUGAGUGGCAUCAGUGUGACGGACCACACAUACUUGGGCAAAGAACAAAAUGGGACGUCUUUCUUCAUGCACUUCAGCACUAAGGGCAGAAAUGAGGGGGAUACAGCCAGAAUUGAGAGCAAGAAAAUGACCCCUAAAAGAGACUGCAAGGUCCAAUGCCUGCAGUUCUACUACUAUCACAGUGGUCAUGAGUCUGACCAGCUCAACAUCUGGAUCCGAGAGUACCAGAAUGAAGCAGACAGCAGAGGAACUCUCAGACUUAUGGAUCAGAUCAUAGAACCCCCUGGCAAUUACUGGAAGCUGCAUCAUGUUUCACUGAAUGCAAAUAAAACCUUCCGAGUUGUAUUUGAAGCCCGUAAAGGAGCUGGAAACUCCAGUGGAGGAUUUUCACUGGAUGAUAUCAAUAUUUCAGAGAAUGAGUGUCCGCACACAUGGCAGAUAAGAGACUUUGAGAAGAUUUUGAAAAACAAUGCGUCUGCCACUAGUCCAUUGUAUUACUCCAGUGAUGGUUAUCGUUUUCAGGCUCGUUUAAGGGUGUAUCAGAAUUACCUUUCAAUAUUUGUUCGUCUGGUGUCUGGUGUAUAUGAUAACCAGCUGCAGUGGCCUUGUCCAUGGAGACAAAUAACCUUCCAGAUGCUUGACCAGAAUCCACAUAUACAGAAGCGCAUGUCCUCCGAGAAAAGCUUCACAACUGACCCUGCUUUGAUUUAUUCCAAUAUCAAUGUUUGGGACAAUCCACGAAAAACUGGAUUUCAGGUUGUCAUUGGCAAUGAGACUGUAAAUGUGGGUUUUUUUGUGGGCUAUCAAUAUGCCAUAAUGAAAGAGGAUCUCACAAAAAGAGAGUUUAUCAAAGGUGGUGACAUCAUAUUUCUCUUUACUCUGCAAGAUAUCUCAGAGCUACUUCAGAAGAACUCCCUACCCUGCCCUAAAGUGACACUGAAGAACUUCAACAUUUCAUUUGAUGCAGUUGACAAGCAGGGACCAUGUGUUACAAGUGAUUGUCUGGGCAUAUUUUGCUCUCCCAGUACUUCCUCCUUGAUCCUAUUGGUGAUUUGCCUCCGUUUGCUGGUAAAUUAUCCCUGAGAUUUUCCCAGCUCUGACUACAUGAAUUCAAUAUAAAAGCAACUGCAUCUAUCUUCAGCCUUCUGGUAUAUGAUAGGCUACUCUUAAACUUGUAUUUUAAUUUAAUGAGAGGCUUACACAGAAUACAUCUAUAAUUAUCUGUAAUGAAACAAUCAACCUGUUAAUUCGAACGUAUUGAUUUUCAUUAAAAACUCUGUAGUUGAAUAUGGUUCACACAUAUUCUGAAUAGGUUAAAUUAAAUAUUUCAAAUCAUUGCAUUAAUAUUAAUUGUUGUAAAUUACUAUACAGCAUUUGAAAUGUGUCUAUGCAACCACAAGAACUAUGUGAAUGCUUUGAAUGAAUCACAAACCAAUUUUGAAGUUAAUGUGUAAUACAUUUAUCGAUUGUUGAUUUUCUGUGCUCUCGUAAUGCUUGCUAAUGUAGAUUAAUCUUAUGAUUUUGUGCAUGCAAAAUGAUCUUAUAAUUUUAUGAUGGGAUGAUUCUGUGGUUUCAAGGGAUAUUUGUCUUUGUGAGAGAUAAGGAAAAGUC